AUGAGUCUAAGCUGGCGUGCAGCACUCAGGUCGACUAGGCUGUGGAAACAGGCCAGGCCCCGCUUUGCCCCGCCUGGUGGUCUGGCGGUUAACUACCGAAAUCCCGCGCCUGGAUCCUUGAGGUUCAUGGGCUUCAAGGCUCAAAAUGACAACAAACCUGAGAUUGAGCGGCGGUCAGAUCCUGUUCUGUCUGAGUCCACGCCAAGUAUCGUGGCAAUUCAAGAUGUUGUUGAUACAGCGGGUCAGAAACACAAGUUAGAGUUUGGCCAAUUCUUCCUCAGAGAAAAUUGCCAAUGUUCAGCGUGUAUCCAUCCAGACACAAAGCAAAGAGCAGCCGACACUUUUGCGAUUUCGGAAGACGUUCAUGCAUUGUCAUUCGAGUCCAAGGGCGAAGCUCUCGAGGUGAAAUGGUCUGAUGAGCACCUGGGUAUCUAUCCGUGGAAAUGGCUUGGUCCGCACAAGCAAAACCGAAAUGGAAAUGCUCAGGGCAGUGAUAUCAGAGCCCGUGCUAAGAUUUCGCCCGCGAUGGCAGACCCUAACUGCAGCCCACCACCUGUCAGGUCAUUUGUCCCAACUUCUCUCACCAAGAGAGAAUACCCCACGGUCUCCUACGAAGGCGUAAUGUCGGACGAGUCUCGUCUUCGGGAAUGGUUGGAACUUAUUUGGGAGAAAGGAUAUUGUUUCGUGUCAGGUGUCCCUGUUGCCCCAGAAGCGACUCAAGGUCUCAUCGAACGGAUUGCAUUUAUCAGACAUACUCAUUAUGGUGGCUUUUGGGACUUCACAGCCGACUUGACCUUCAAGGACACUGCUUAUACCAACGAACUCCUGGGUGCCCAUACAGACAACACAUAUUUCACAGACCCAGCAAGGCUUCAACUAUUCCACCUACUAUCCCAUACCGAUGGCGAUGGAGGUGCUAGUCUGCUCGUUGACGGAAUCGAAGCAGCUGACAUAUUGCGCGCGGAGAAUCCUUCUUAUUAUGAAGCCUUAAUAAAGUACAGGCACCCGUGGCACGCCAGUGGAAACGACGAUACCUGCAUCCAACCAUCCGCCCAGGCACCUGUUCUUUCUGUCCAUCCAGAUCUGAACCAGGUAUAUCAGAUUCGCUGGAACAACUAUGAUCGCGCGCCGAAGGUGGACUGGUCGGCAGCCGAACAGUUGGAAUGGUACAGCGCGGCACGCCGGUAUAAUCGGAUUCUGCAAAGCAGGGAAAUCUGGACGCAACUUGAACCUGGAACAGCACUGAUCUUUGAUAACUGGAGAAUGAUGCAUGGUCGCUCCCAAUUUACUGGGAAGAGACGGAUGUGUGGGGGUUAUGUCAACAAUGAUGACUUCAUUUCCCGGCUUCGAUUGCUCAAAUAUGGCCGUGAAGCUGUGUUGAACAACCUUGGCAAUAUCCCUACAAGUCACGAUCCUGAGAACCCGAAUAGCAUUGUAUAA